GCAAAGUAGCCUUGCAGCAUCGUCGCGCUGAAUUCUCCUAGCCUACCGUUACUGUCUGCUCACCUGACAGCUCUUUGUCGCGUACGACUCUACUUUCGGCUCACCGCUCCGGCUGCCGAUCUGGCUGUUUUGGAAAGGCAGAGAGACGAGCGCUGAAUCACAAGGUUUUGGGUGCGCGUUGACUCGCAUGAGAGAGAGAGGGUCACCAGCCAAAAGGCAGGAGGACCCGCUCGCCCUGCCCCUCCGGGAUUGCGCAGCUGACCACGGUACAACCCACGCAGCUGAUCGACCGCUCAAUCUAAGAUCUCACUUACGACUCGCCAAAUCAAGGUCACAUACCCGAUUCUACCUCUCACAUCCAUCUCGUCCUCCUCAUCACCCACGACAUAGCUUCGCAUCCGUCGAAACUAGCAAGACAACGUCCAAGGUCAGGCUCGCCGUCACAACGAGCUUCCACGAUCUGCCGCCACAAUCGACCUCAGCACGGACGCGUUGCCCUGUGACUGCGAACCGAGCGCUCCCAGCUGCUUUUGACGCGUCGGCUGCUCACCGCAAAUCGCUGCGCACGCAAAGGAAUCCCUGAGACAGUCUCUUGUGACCGGGUCGCAUCACGCCGAACAGCAUUCACAGCAUUCGCGACUUUCUACUGUAUCGCAGAGGUGUUGGCCGGUAGGGCAACAGUCACGGCAUUAGCUGCGCCCCGAGUCCAAGUUGAGCUGCUACAACCCAUAAGCGUCAGCUUUCAAACGCACCUCCGAUCACUCCCAGCUUGUGGGCUGGGAUCCUGCCUCGCUCAGCAUUCCCCUUUGAGAGCACACUCGCGCAUCUCACACGUCCCUCCAACCUCAAGAAGACCACCUCCACUCGGCCAUUCGGAACGAUCUCGGUGUCCAUAAAUAAGUGGAGCGUUUUGUACCCCGGGUACCUACCAAUCAAAGCCACGCGCAGUGCACCGCGCAUCGCGGCUUGAACUGCAUUGCCAGCGAGGGCCUUGGCGCCCCCAUAUACGGCACUUCAGCAAAGUUAUCAGGGCAGUGUGACCACGAGUCUCGAUCGUGGCGGAGCGUGACACGAAUCGAUACGUACGUCGUGCGACGUCGACACCUCCGCCAAAAGAAGGCCGAGACAAUACCACAUCAUUAGUGAUACUGGCUAGACGCUCACAUCUGGCGACCGCAUAGGCGUAAUCUGACCCCACAUCUCGCAUCACCACUUCAAGUCUCAGGCUCGCCGUUACAGUAGGCCAAUCAGUUCAACGCACCUCCUACAGUCAUCACCGCUCAGCAUCCGAGACCUGGCAAGAUCUGGCUCUUGAUAGGUGUCUCGGUGCUUUUGGGCGGUUGUAGUGUUGCAGAGCUCUGAUCGACCUGCACAAAUCGUGAAUUGCCAGACGGACCCCGGCCCAUCCGCACCUCACCUAGCUGAUCCAGCAACGCAAGUCUGCUGCUGGAUGCUGUGACGCUCGCAUAGCCUUCUAGCCGCGGCGCCUCGCAAGUCUUGAUACAGCGCCGCACCCCUGCUGGCUGGUGUGCGUUACUCGUUGCAGUCACAACUCGCGCACUCUUAAUCUUCGCACCCCAGUCCAGCAAGAGAUAUAUCAAGCAGCGGCCCGCCCGUUGCACACUGCAUCACUGCACCAGGCGUGCCUGAUACAUGCGCAGCACUGUGAUCGCAUAUUCACUACCCGCCUUCAACACCGCGCUGGCUUUCGCAGAUCGCCGCCUCAGCCUGUCAGACAACCCGUCUGGCGUGCCGUCAGCAUAGAAGCACUUUUGACUACAAGACGUCAUCGAAGUGCUUGUAUAAGACUAUCUCGUCGCCAGUCUCCCGCCAUCAAGACACUUCAACAUGCCCUCCAUUCAACCAACGAGGCGUUCGCCGCCACCUGUACUGGCGAGCAGCUGCAGCGGUCUGACCUCAUCGUCGCCAGUGCCUCUACCCCAACCACCUUCACAGCAACAGCACCAAGUAGGCGGCAGACAAGCAACACGGUCGCGCACAAGAACGAGGCAGAUGGGAUCAACGAUCAGCACAUCGAUCGGCGGCCCGUCAGGGUCGCGCCAAAGAUACAGCAGCGAAGAUCACCCCCUCAGUCCCCACAAACUCGCCAU